AUGCAUUCAGCUAUUAGAAAGGAUACUAUCAAGCUUGUAAAAGAUGGAGAAGGGAAGUAUUACUUCUCAUUCCAGUUUGAUUCAACAUAUAACUGUACUAUUACUAUUUUUGUGUGAUGACAGGAACUUAAGAAUGCAAAUAAUAUUCCUCUACAUUUUGUUACUGCUCCAGAUUUGCCUUGUCCCAAUCAGUAUAAAUUUUCAGCCGGAAUCGGGCAGGAUUUCCCACCAAAGGUAAAUAUCUUAAAUCCUACUGCUUAUAAAGAGCUUGACUUAACUGAAGCAAAGGAUGAUUACUUCCCUGUUGUAUUAAUGAUCGAGACUGAUUACCCUGAAGAUUAUAAAGGCAAGGCUAAAUAAAAGUUGCCAGAUAAUCUAUGGCUCUUUCAUCCUUGAAGGAUCAGACUACUCCUUUCAUUGUCUUAAAGCCAAGUUCUUGUUCAAUAAUAGAAUGUUUGACCUAGGUGAGAUCUUUGGGAUUGAGGGUGGAACUGCCAACCUGAUAAAUGAUACUAACAAAUUAUGAGUAAUUUGCUUCACCAAUGACAAGGAUACAGUCGUGCUUCCUUGAAGACACAUGUGAUUGUGCAUGGAAUGCUCCCAAAUAGUAAGGAGACAGUCUAACAACUGCCCUAUUUGUAGGACAAAGGUUUCAACCUUCAUUCAAAUCAAGGAUGAAAAUGCACCAAACCCAGAAAGCAAUGAACCAAAGUCAUUAAUGAGGAAAGCUACUAAUGAUGAAAGUGAAGAAGAAGAGGAGAGUGAAGAGGAAGUCGAAGAGAGCAAAAAUGCUCAUAGAGUUGAUGAGCCCGACCUUGAAGCUUAG